UCUUGGGCUGAACUAAUGACUGCCACAAUCAGAACAGACAGAGCUGAUUAUACCUCCAGAUAAAGCUAACACUGGAAACCAUGAACGCCACGGUGGAAGUGGCCUCCAACGGGUCUGAGCGCUGCCCCAGAGACACGCGGAUAGCACAGCUGGUGUUCCCUGUCCUCUACACUGGCGUUUUCUUCACCGGCAUCCUGCUGAACGCCUUGGCCCUGUGGGUGUUCACUCACAUCCCCAGUUCCUCCACCUUCAUCGUCUACCUCAAAAACACUUUGGUGGCCGACUUGAUAAUGACCCUCACGCUUCCAUUCAAAAUCCUCUCUGACUCGCACCUUGGACCCUGGCAACUCAGAGCUUUCGUGUGUCGCUACUCUGCCGUUGUCUUUUAUGAGACCAUGUAUGUGGGCAUCAUACUGCUGGGCCUCAUAGCUUUUGACAGAUUCCUCAAGAUCAUCAGACCUUUUGGAAAGUUUUUUGUACAAAAACCUGCUUUUGCAAAAGCAGUCUCGGCCCUCAUCUGGCUCCUCUUGUUCCUCAUCUCCUUGCCAAAUAUGAUCUUGAGCAACAAGGAAGCAACGCCAUCAUCCGUGAGAAAGUGUGCCUCCUUGAAGAGUCCUCUGGGGCUGAAAUGGCAUCAAGUGGUAAAUUACAUAUCCCAGUUUAUUUUCUGGACCGUUUUUGUUCUAAUGCUUCUGUUUUAUAUGGUGAUUGCAAAAAAAGUAUACAAUUCUUACAGAAAGUCCAAAAGUAAGGACAGCAGAAGCAACAAAAAGCUGGAAGGUAAAGUAUUUGUUGUCAUAGCUGUCUUCUUUAUGUGCUUUUCCCCAUUUCAUUUUGCCAGAAUUCCAUAUACUUACAGUCAGACCAACAGUAAGACUGACUGUAAAUUACAAAAUCAACUGUUUAUUGCUAAGGAAACAACUCUCUUUUUGGCCGCAACUAACAUUUGUAUGGAUCCUUUAAUAUACAUAUUCUUAUGUAGAAAAUUUACAGAAAGAUUACCGUGUAUGAGAAGGAAAAAGAGUAUAAUAUCAAGCCAAGAAAAUCAUAGUAGUCAGACAUACAAUAUAACCCUAAACUGAAAACUUUAACUUCUAUUUACUGAGAAGACUUCAAAAGGAUAAUUUAUUUUGAAAUCAAAUUUAAACAAUAAAAGAAAAAUGAUUGGAACAAAUGCUUUCUUACAUUAUAUUAUUCUAGUAUAUAGAAAGGAUUAUACAGAUUUUAAUUCCACAUUCAUCAGAACGGAUUAUCAUUAAUAGAAUGUAAUGGAAUGCCAUGCUAUGUCACCAGUGCGCGCCAUCCCUCAAGCUGUGCUUAAUGGGAUUGUAUAAAAGAAUGUUCUUGUUCAUGGGAAAUGUAUAUGUGAAUUAUAGUGUUUGUUCAAGGGUGUGAGCA